GCUAGCCGCCUAUAAAGUUGGUUGUGCCUUCACCCUCACCCUGAAGGUGACAGUUCCUUGGAGCAUUCCCUGAUCUUCUCUGGGGUCCUGGCUCCAGAGACCACUCUUCCCAGCUCAGUUCAGCACCUCUUCACAGCCACAGCAGCCACCUUGCCAUCUCUACGCUGAUCAUGUUUUCUGUGAUUGGACUCUCCAUCCCCAUCUCGACCACAGAGCUUCUACUGGCCUCCACUAUCUUCUGCUUGGUAUUCUGGGUGGUCAGGACCUGGCAGCCUCAGGUCCCCAAAGGCCUGAAGAGACCACCAGGGCCCUGGGGCUGGCCCCUGCUUGGUCACAUUCUGACCUUGGGGAAGAACCCGCACCUGGCACUGUCGCGCCUGAGCCAGCGUUAUGGGGACGUGCUGGAGAUCCGCAUUGGCCGUGUACCUGUGCUGGUGCUCAGUGGCCUGGACACCAUCCAUCAGGCCCUGGUGCGGCAGGGUGACGAUUUCAAGGGCCGGCCUGACCUCUACAGCUUCACCUUCAUCAGUGGUGGCCAGAGCCUGACCUUUAACCCAGACUCUGGACCAGUGUGGGCUGCCCGCCGACGCCUGGCCCAGAGUGCCCUGAAGAGUUUCUCCGUAGCCUCAGACCCAGCUUCCUCAUCUUCCUGCUACCUGGAGGAACACGUGAGCAGUGAGGCUGAGGCCCUCAUUAGCAAGUUCCAGGAGCUGAUGGCAGGGGUUGGACACUUUGACCCCUACAGGUGUAUAGUGGUGUCAGUGGCCAAUGUCAUCUGUACCAUGUGCUUUGGUCAGCGCUAUGACCAUGAUGACCAAGAACUACUUACUUUAGUCAACAUGAAUAAUGAGUUUGGGGAGGUGGCUUCUUCCGGAAACCUGGUUGACUUUCUUCCUUUCCUCCGUUACCUGCCCAACCCUGCCCUGAGUAUCUUCAAGGACGUGAAUAAGAAGUUCUUCAUCUUCAUGCAGAACAUGAUUAAGAAACACUAUAAAACAUUUGAGAAGGGCCACAUCCGGGACAUCACAGACAGUCUGAUCGAGUACUGUCAGGACAAGAGGCUGGAUGAAAAUGCCAAUAUCCAGCUUUCGGAAGACCAGAUCGUUGGUAUUGUCCUGGACCUCUUUGGAGCUGGGUUUGAUACAGUCACCACUGCCAUUUCUUGGAGCCUCUUGUACCUGGUGACAAGACCCAAUGUGCAGAAAAAGAUCCAGGAGGAGCUCGACACAGUGAUUGGGAGGGCGCGGCGGCCCCGGCUCUCUGACAGACCCCAGCUGUCCUAUAUGGAGGCCUUUAUUUUGGAGACCUUCCGACACUCCUCCUUUGUCCCCUUCACCAUCCCCCACAGUACCACCAGAGACACGAGUCUGAGAGGCUUUUACAUCCCCAAGGGGCGUUGUGUCUUUGUGAACCAGUGGCAGGUCAACCAUGACCAGAAACUGUGGGACAACCCAUCCGAGUUCCGGCCAGAACGAUUUCUCACCCCCAAUGGCACUAUCAACAAGGAACUGAGUGAGCAGGUGAUUCUCUUUGGCCUAGGCAAGCGGAGGUGCAUCGGUGAGACCAUUGCCCGCCUCGAGAUCUUUCUUUUCCUGGCCAUCCUAUUGCAUCAGGUAGAAUUCAGCAUGCCACCAGGUGUGAAGGUGGACAUGACCCCCAUCUACGGGCUUACCAUGAAGUAUGUCCGCUGCGAGCACUUUCAGAUGCAGGUUCGCUCUUAGGGAGCUGAGAGCCCUGCAGAGCCAUGUACCUGUAAAAGCUUCUCAGACUUGUGUUUCUGGUGGUACUGGGGAGGGAGAAAGCUCAGUUAAGAUCAGGGUCACAAUGAGAUUCCCCUAUUUCACAUACUGUCUUCCUUCCACCAGCCCUGCUCUGGUACAUGGACUAAAGUAAGGCCUUGAACCUGUAUCCCUUGGCCUGUCUGCCCAGAUAGGCCAAGGUGAGCCCAGGGGGUUCUAAGUUUUGGCUUGAAAGCCACAGAUAUUGGACUGGCUGAUUUUUUGCUGUCUGGCUGUAGGCAAGCCUAAGGGAUCAUGUCUGCUUCCUACGCUGGACUUUCCCCUCUGCAUACUGAACACAGACAGUAGACACUGUAGGGGCCACACAGGAGCAAUGAAGCCUUCGGAAGUAGUGCUUGAGCUAGGAGGUCUGACAGGGUCAGGAGGUUCCCUGGCCUCUGGAAACCUUUGAAGAGCUCUUUGGAAGGCCUGGGUCCAACAGCUAGCUGGCUCUCUGUGGGGGCUGACUGGCCUGAGAAACAUUUAGAACAAGCCACAUCGAGGCCUAUACAAUCUCUUUGACAACUGGGAGCCAUCAAGAGUGAAAGAGGCAGCCCAGGAUACUGGCACAAAGGUGGUCUCCUUACUUGAACAAGGCUGAGGAAUCCGACUACAUGGGCCUGGGACACUGUGCCUGAGGACAUUGCCUUCCUCUCUUCAGGCAGGAACAGUGAUGCCUCCUGACCUUAUGAGGCCUCUGUUCCUGUCCAGGAGGAGCUGGGGACCUGUGUCUUAGAAGAACACAGGGCAGAGAGAGUCCUAUAUCUAGGCACCAGGACCAGAUGGGGGGUGAGGGGAAUGUGAUUCAAUCACUAUCUGUUGGUGUCCUUUCUCUAUGACCUGUGUUAAUGUGUCUUUUUAAAAAUGUUUGUAUGCAAGGAGUUUUUUAUUUUAGCCUGCAUUGUACUUGCAUGUUUGCACUUACCAUAUGUAAAAGCUUAAGAACAAUUUAUUGAAUACAAUAGAGCAAAUUCAUACCUGUGUACCUGGAAAUGUGUAGGAAACAUCUUUCUGAGCUAAAUAAAGAUAUGCAGAAGUCCUA